ACCGGCUGUAGAAGAGGAGAACAGGGGACAGGAUUCAUGACUAUUGUACACUGAAAACAUGAAGAGGAAAGUGGCCAAAGUUGCCCCGCUGCGGCUCAGUCCAAAUGAAGAAGCUUUAAUACUGAAAGAGGAACGGGAGAGGAGGCGGAAACUACGGCUACAGCAGGUCAGAGAACAGGAGAAGUUUAUCGCCCAGCAAAUCCGCCAGGAUGUCAAGGAGCGGAGAGAUCAGCAGCUCCAACAGUUGGCAGAGGAGCUGAGAGCCAAAUGGGAAGCAGACCAGGCUGAGAAGCUGAGAGCUCUGGAGGAGGCGUAUCUGUCGGCACUGAAUGCCAUAGGAGAGGGACAUCGGCAGGCCAAGGAAAAUGAGCCCGAUUUGAAGGCUAUUGAGAGGGUCCAAGCUUUGAAUAAGGAGAAGGCAGAGAAGAGGCACAGAGAGGCAUUGCAAGAACUAAAGCAGCACAGACAGAAGCAUCUCAGUGACCAGACCUGGCACAUUAAAGCCCGUAGAAAAGCACUUGAAAUUGAAAAGGAGCGUGCAGCCAAAGUCGCCAGUCUGCCCCCACCGCCACCAGAUCCACUCGAGAAGCUUGAGGUUGUGAAAAGGCCCCCGGGGGUAAAACUCUGCAAUGUAGACGGCUUCUCCAUGUCUCACUACCACCUGCCUGAAGCCUACGUGGACCGAGAGAUGGAUACAGAACAGCCCGAUGCCCGUACUGCCGCAGUUGAGGAAGCGAAGAGGCUGGGCGCGCUUCAGAAAGAGGAGGAGCGUGAGAGGCGGGAACAAUCAGAGAAGGCGACACUCCGUGGAUCUUGUGCUUUAAAGAUGGUACAGCUAACACAGGAUCGGGACAGGCUGAUGAAAGAGCUGGAGCAGAUGCAGCAGGAAGAUCUUGCUCGUAGAAGACAGAUUGUAUCCCAGAUGCCUCCACAAUUGUUUGAGCCUGCUUACCGACGGGAAGAGAUCAGGGAAGAAUGGCAGAGGGAUCUGGAGUCUGCAUUUGAGGACAUGUACACCAGAGGCACCAAAAGGAGGGGAGACAUGGUCCUGCACCUGAAACCUCAACCUCUCCCAGACCCCACUGUUGCAAGCAUUGAUGAAGACCUGGAUUUGUCUGUGGAGCCAGAAACUGCAUCUGCAGUUGUGCCUGCUUUUGGGGAAACAGAGCAGGUAUCCCCAUCAGGUGAACAUCAAGGUCAGAAAGUGAAGUCCAGAGAGCCUCAGUCUAGAAUUGUGCUGAAGAGGUUACUGAACCGAAUAAGGACACAGAAGGACCAGUGGAGCUCUAAGAGCGAUGCGGAGACAGUAAGCGAGACUCUGGAAUCUGGAUCAUUGCCUGUGGAGGAUGCAGCACAAGAGGCUGUUGAACAGGAGGAAAUCAUGCCUGAUACUAAAGUACCAAAAGACUUGACGGAUAACACGGUCCUUGCUGGAAAUUCUAUCCUGCUGCAUCCACAGGAGCAAGCGGCGCGCAUCAGAAUGGAGACUGAGAGAAUGAAGGGGAUGGCCGACUUGGAGCGACAAAAGAUAGAACAGCUGGAGUUACUGAGGAGACUGGAAGAGGAGAGACGAGGUGUAGAGGAAGAAUACUGCAGAGUACAGCAACAAAUGCAGGUUACCAACCGAAAAGAGAUGGAAAAGGAAAGCAGUGUGGCUGCUGAGGAAGAGGGGGCCAAGUCAGCGGCACCUGAGAGCACUGAGCCUUCUGUUCCUGUUUCGGAGGCCCAUGUGUCUGCUGAAAAUCUGCACAUUCAAAUGAUUCGGGAGUAUCAGCAACGUCUCCUAGAGCAGAACAGGCAACAUAAGCAGUCUGUAGAUGAGGCACGGAAACGUUUGCAGGAAUACCAGAUGCUGUUGAAGAAGCGAUAUCCACACUUAUCAAUAUCUCGCCAAGAGACACCUGACAGGAGUCAGCACAGCCCGAAACCACAGGUUCUAGAGUAUCCUCCAUCUUCUCCUCCUGUAAAUAUGAUCAAGUCACCUCUUGGGAUUGAUCCGCUUAAAACUUCAGUUGCCAUUAAGCAAAACUCAGAACAAGAGCAUAAACAAAUUAUUCCUUGCGAUUCCAGGGCCUUAGAGCCUGAGCAGAGGAGUCUGAGGAAUGGGAGCACUUUACAUGAUCCCCUGUGGAUGAGUCCUAAUCUGCGUGUUGACUUCUUACCUCAUGGUGAUAUGGAUUCCAACAGGCUUGUUGAAAGUAUGAAGAAUCUAGAUGGUGUUAGCUCCUCGCAGAGUGAUUUUGGCAAGGAACGAUGUCUCCAGGAGAUUUCACCCCAAGCACAAGCAAAUCCUGAUGAUGAUGAGACAAAAUUUCUGCAUGCUGCAGCUGUUUGUGAGAAGCAGUCGACUACAUCUAGCCCUGGAGAUUAUGACACAUCGUCUAGCACAACAUACAAUCCGCUGCCUUCAGAACUUUCUUUAGGCCUACCCCAGAUAGACUUCUCUGAACCAGUCAUCCCUUUGCAAGUGCCCUGUUUACAUCUAAUGGGGAACCAGCCAUUGGGAGAUUUUUCCAACGUCCGUGAGUUCAGAGAAAGACUCCUCUCUUCCACUGCGGAGAUCAGAGCUCAGCAAGAACAUCUGAAGGCCAUGCAAGAUCAGCUGGACAAGCAGCGGGAUGCUUUAGUGUCGAAGCAAAAAAGCCAAGAAGAGAAUCUCUUUCAGAGACAGGAGCAACUGGAAGAACAAAUGAGAAGACACCAAGAGUCACUUGAAAAUGUUUUGGGUUCCAGUGAGCCAGGACAGAACAAGCUGCCUGCUGACUUCUGCCAGAUUCCCAAUAAGGAGCGUUAUCAUUUUAUGUCUACUCUUUUAGAAGCUCUGGAUGACAGUAGCCAGGAGGACCUCAGACUGGAGCUUGGUAAUAGUAGUGUUAUCAAACCUCCUGGAAGAGAGCAAAGAUGGAGACCUUCAAAGCCACCUGUUACAAAAACAAAACUGGGCCCGUUCCUUGAGCAACAUGAAUUAAGCGCCAUCAUGGAAGUGGAGACGCCCACUAGCGGUCGGCUAUCUAGCGCAGGACUGGCUGACAGCAGUGUGAAUCUAAUGGGCCAGAGUGAUGUUGCUAGAGCAGCAGAAGCCAUCUGUCCAUCAGACACUAGUCCUAGAGAGAUGGAUCUUUCUGGGCUAUCAAGUACUAGCAUGGACCAAAGUGGAAAAGAGAGCUCAAACCAGAGCCGCGCUAAACUAUCCUGGAGAGAAAUGUUAUCUCUGGAAGUGUCACGUGAUCCUAGCAGCACAGAUAACCCACAUAGUCCGGUAGCAGUAGUCUUCCCUGCUGGUGAUGGAACAGAUGCUCGCCGUUACUUCUCGGCUCCACAAGGGGCUGCAGCACUUGGGAAUGCAACGCAUGGUCGGAGCCCAGAUGUCAUCAGUGACCAUUUGUCUACAACCACCUUAUCAACUGGCAGUUUCCUCACCAGUGAGAAGACUGACUCCAGUCCUGCAAACUCUGAUGCCCUGUCAGAAUUGCAGAGAUGUGACUAUUCUGUAAUUGGGGAACCUGGUGAUGGUCGUUCAAGUCCUUCAGCAGCCGCCACGGCGAUUCAGUCUGAAAUGAGAUGGCGUGAUUACCUUACGCCAGAGGAGAACCGAAGCCACAUCCAACAGAUCAUAGCGAAGUACACUAAAGACCUUCAUGCGUCACUUGAGAGGAACUUGAGUUUUCGUUCUCCUGAGGCCGCAAUUGACACUUCAGCAGCAGAUAAUCAGUUUCCUACAACCUUCUACCACUUGGAUCCAAAGCAAGACUUUGAUGUGUCCACUCCAUCAUAUGCUCACUCAAACCCCACUAGCAGCUCUGUCUGCACCAGAGACAUCAGCCAGGGCUCUUAUGACACCAGCAGCCAAGAUACGGCAGUACAAGGGAAUCUUUUCACCUCUCUACACAACAGUGCUGAUUCGCGGUCCUCUCAGAACAUGGGUUUGUCUAGAAAUGUGCCUCCGUGUUUCAUUGAAGCUGCAGAUUCUUCUGGAUCUUUUUUGCCACUGCACCCUGAAAACACGCUUAAUGAAACGAAUGUGAACAGCCAGAAUGAAGCCCAUUAUAGAACUUUGGCUCAGGGCAUGGGCAAUGUAAAUACUGAUGUGCAGGAUGGCUCCCUGUUUUCUCAUGUGCGUUCCUAUGCGCAGACCUCCAGUACUGGCCCUGGCAGCCCACAUUACACUUCUGCCACACUGACCGGUCAAAGUGUAACAGAGGAACCUGGCUCUUUCCAUGAGCUAAUGGCAACCAAGACAACAAUAAAUGACUCUGAGCUUUCCGAGCAUCCAAUCUCUUGUGUUCUGGAUAAAAAUAAUUCCCGUUCAGUUGGUUUUGAAGAAUUGCCCCAAGUACAUAAAGAGCCUCAGAGUGAAAAGGAUUCAGGAACUGCUGGGCAUUUUCCAUCAGACUAUACACCACAAGAGAGUUCUGUUCUUACCAGCCAAGAGACCACUUCUGGAAGAGAUAGAGUGCUGGACUCCUGUGACCAGACACAAGGCUCAGACGGCCUUUCUCUAGGAUCUCUCUCUGGAUCCUCAUUGAACUUCCUGCCUAGUACAAUAGGCUCUUCUGCCAGCUCUUUGCCAAGCUGCGCCUAUACGUGGGAUUCUGGUUCAGCUCGUGGGAUACUCGAAGAACCAGAUUUAACACUGCUGAGCCUGAAUGACAGCAGCGUUGUGUGCUCCGAGCCCACCAUCACCCAAAGCUGUAUAUCCACUCCACAGGAAGAUGAGAACGGCUCCCAGCAUAGCUUUAAGCUACUUCCAGCUGAGGUGGAUGCUUCAGAUGUUACCUUACCUGACCGGUCUUCACUGGGAGGAUCUCUGUCACAGCACUUUGCAGAAAUAGAUUCAGAAUUCACCUCUACUCCAGGAAGUCUACAGGAGGUCUUUAUGAAAAGGAAGAAACAUUUCAUUGAAAAUUCAUCCAAAAGAAUUCAGGCAAUCAAGACAAAAGAUAGAGUGGUGAACAAAACGCAGCUGAAGACUCAACCGAAGGAGAAUCCUGUUAGCCAAGUGGAACAGCUGCCCAGUUUUGACUCAGCACAGGGUGAAGGAAGCCAAUUCAAGAAAGUGGUUGAAGUCAGAGUGAGCACUCCAGAGGGCAGGAAACUGUCUGAGAUAGAGAUGCACCAGCGUACUAUACGGUUAUACAAUCGGCUCGAUGAAGUUAAAACCAGGAAUGAAAAGAAGAUAAGACAGGAGGCCUAUGCCGUGAACCGCGAGAAGGCAAAAGAGUUCAAAAAGAGGACUUUGGAAAAGCUGAGAGCAAGCAAGAUGAAGUAGCAGGGGAACCGCGGAAGACUCCAGACCCCUCAGUCUGCUU